AUGUUCGGUCUUCCGUCGUAUUUCACAGACACACGCCGAGGACGUCGCGUGAUGUUCUAUGAAUUUCCUGGUGAUGGUUCUAGUGUUUAUAAAUACUGCACAUGCGUUGCAUAUUCCGGCGAUACGGUGAUACGAGGUGGUGCUGGUGGCGGUAAUGCGCGAAAUCGGCAAAGUCGUGCUCCUCGUGUGAACAACCAGAACGCUGUUGGUGCCGAAUUUGUUGGUUUGGAUUUAUACAAUCACCUGAAGCACUUUUUCCAGAAUUAUGUGGAAAAUGUUUUUCAGGUUUGUCUUUUUUUUUCUUUUUAUUGCUGGUUAUUUUUGGGUAACUGGUGUGGAGCUUUGAACGUUUGGUUCUUCUUUCCGUAG